AUGAAAUUCUUCCCAUGUUGGUCUGGAAUUAUGAGAGAUAAUUUUGGAUAUGGAACAGAGACUGCUUCUAGUAGUAGAAUAGAAAGUAACUUCAAUCAAUUGAAGAAUAGACUUUUUAAAAAUGAAUCAUUACCCUUAAGAAUAGACACGUUCUUGGAAAAAUUAUUAAUUUAUUAUAAAGGUGACCAUUUGUUGAUACAAGGAGAUAAUCAAGAUUGGGAAGAUGGCAUUUCAACUGAAAAUGAAUCAGUCCAUAAUCCAGACAUGCUCAAUAGAUCAACUGUUGGAUAUAAAAAUAAUUAUGUUCAAUAUACUCCACCCGCAGAACAAGAAGUGAUGAUUGAUAGGUAUUCUGUAGAUGAUAAUACAUCAUUACAAUAUGACAUUCAAGAAUGGGAAGACAGUAUUUUAUUUGAAAAUGAACCUGAUACUUUUCCCAAACCAAUAAUAACCUAG